AUGGCUCAACUCAACCAAGUUGUGUCUCACCUUCGGGGUUCUUCAGAGACAGUUGGAAAAGAUAGAGCAUCUGAGAUUCCUUCUCCUUCAGCAACAAUGGGGAAAGACAAAGAAAAAUCACAAAGUCCAUGCCCUUUAAUAGCAAAGGAGAAAGGCAAAGGCAAGGUUGAUGACACUGCGGUUCGUCGUAGCCCUCGGCAAGUCAUAAAGGGGCCUGAAACUGAAGAUUUGAUGGAUUUUUUGAAGAAUUUGUCACAACCAUCUACCACCCGUGGGGAACCUUCAUCGAAAAGUGACGAGAUGGGGACCCAAGAUGAUUUAGAAGCUGCCAUGGGAAACCUUUCUCAAGCAUCAUAUGUUCAAGGUUUUGAUCCCUCUCAAAAAACACCAUCGGUUACUCCAUUACGGACAGUUAAGCCUGCCGGUUGGACAACACCCACUCUCAAAGAUUUUGAAUUACCGGAGGACCGUGUGAACGACGAGGACUACUCGUUAGUGUUUGUCCCUGAGGAUUCAUGGGCCAAACUGAUUGAGUGGUGCUCAAAUUCGAAGCAACAACUUAGAGUUGGACCUUCUAUUUACACAAGGGAAUUAGCAGAACGUAUAAUUGGACCUAAUGUGUGGUUAAAGAAUUAUGAAAUUGAUGCUAUGUUGUACCUAUUUCGCGAGAAGACUUCUUUGAGACGAUGGAACAUAUCCAAAGUAGCCUUCAUGAGCUGUCUCUUCAGUAACCAAAUGAAGAAUUCUUACAAAGUAGUCAAGAACGACAUAAAAACUUUCAAGGUGGAAGGACUGCUCCACAAUUACGGAAUAGGUGAACUUCCUGCUGACGGACGAACAGGACUACUGUGGGAUCUUGAUGUGGACCGGAUGUAUGUGCCUCUUCUUGUGCACGGUAACCACUGGAUCUCUAUGUGCGUCGACUUUGUUAAUCGUUCAAUAUUGGUCUUCGACUGUUUGGGAAUGAAAUACAACAGGGAUUUAGAGCCAUUUUCCCAUCUCAUCCCGAGAAUUGUCAAAGCUGUGCAGUCUUCAAACAAGAAGGGACUUGUUGUCAAGCCAUAUGCUGUCACUUACGCUCCAAUGCCUUUCCUAAACAAGAGUAGCAGCGACUGUGGUGUAUAUGCAUUGAAGCACAUUGAGGCACAUCUUCUAGGCUUGGACUUAAGCUUGGUGAACGACGACAACAUUCAGGAAGCUCGACAGAAGAUUGCUUAUGACCUAUGGGAAGCAGCUAAUGAUCAUGUGCUCUUAACGCGGAUGUCACUGUUCUGUCCUCCGAAGCCUACCACACGGUCUUCGGUUACCAUUUUAUGA